AUGGAGAUAUUAAUAAUUGCGUGUUGUUCAUCUAAUGUGAUCCUUAGAUAUCAGAUGGAAUUUGACAUCAAUUGUUUCUACGAUAUGAACACACAAGCGAUGAAAACUAAUGUUCGAAUUUCACCAGAUUGCUUCCUGCAUCAAAUAAUUGUUUCAGUUAUUGUUUUUGAAAGUUAUGCAAGUUAA